AUGGCUCUUCCCACGGUUCCAACUGUCUUCUUAAAACCAAACACAUCCCUCGCCGACCCAUGGCCCGCGCCAACCCCCAUCCCCAAACUCAGCCAACAAGACGACUGCGCCGACUACGAAUCCGAACUCGCCGUGAUCAUCGGCAAGUCCGCCAAGAACGUCUCUGAAUCCGAAGCCAUGGACUACGUGCUCGGCUACACGGCGUGCAACGACAUAUCCAGCCGCAGCAGCCAAUUCGCCCAGAGUCAAUGGUCCUUCUCGAAAGGCUUUGACGGCGCCUGUCCCAUUGGACCAACACUAGUGUCUCCCGCAUUGAUUCCCGACCCGUCCAAGUUGCAUGUUCGCGGACUCAAAAAUGGAGAGGUUCUGCAGGACUGUGGCACCGACGAUUUGAUCUUUUCGAUUCCCAAACUUGUUAGUUUCUUGUCUCAAAGCACUACUUUGCCGCCAGGGACGCUGAUCAUUACGGGGACGCCUGCCGGAGUCGGGAUUGUGCGGAAACCCAAAGUCACCCUGAAGGCGGGUGAUGAGUUUGCGGUCGAGAUUUUGCCGUAUAUUGGCACUUUGAUCAAUGUGUUUGAAAAUGAAUAA